GCACGCGUCUCCCUUACAAAUGUACAUUACCCUAUCUAUUCACCGCUCUAAAGAUUCGCGCAGGCGCUCGUUCGGACAUAGUUCUAACAGGUGCACCGUUCGACGUAGGCAGUGCAUCGUGCGCCUCCACAAAGGAACCAUGACGUAUUCCGAACAUGUGAUGACAAGAAGCAUCGAACUCCCUUACGAAAGCGAUUACAGUCUUCAAUUGGCCCGUUGGUUUUUAAUACCAAUCGGCGCGUGGCCGCGAAUGUGCACGGCGACGAGAGUGGAAAGAUUCUCUUCGCACGUGCACGUUUUAGCAUGCACGUCUCUAAUAGCGAUCAUCAUGGUGCCGUGUCUGUUAUACGUGUCGCUGGAGGAGAAAGAUAUCGAGAUCAAAUUGAGCGUAAUGGGUCCGCUGAGCCACUGGAUCAUGAAUAUGAUCAAUUAUUGUCUGCUCGUCACGCGCAGUGACGACAUCCGCGAAUGCGUUCUGCACAUGGAGACGGACUGGCGGCACGUUCGCAAAAUCGAGGAUCGUCAGGUAAUGAUGCGACAGGCCAGGAUCGGCCGUUUCGUCGCCGGAUUCUGCGCAGUGUUCAUGCAGAGCGGCACAUUCCUCUUCGUCAUAGCAAAAUCGCUGUCAACCGUCACCGUUAUCGUCGGCAACGAAACCCUCUCGGUGCAUCCGAUGACCUGCCCAUUUUACAAUAAAUUAAUUGACACGAGAUUUAGCCCCGCAAACGAAAUCAUGAUGAUUGUCGAAUGGCUAUCGUGUUUUAUAGUGAAUUCUGUUACUGUGGGCGCUUGCAGUCUCGACGCGAUCUUUGCGAUGCAUGCGUAUGGUCAGCUAAACAUGUUGUUUUUGUGGUUAAAUAAACUCGUCGUUGACGAAGAUAAGACAGAUGAAUGCGUCGAGCAAAAGUUGGCUAUUAUUGUGGAGCAUCACUUGAGGGUACUGAGUUUUAUAUCGCGCAUAGAAACCGUUAUGCGAUAUAUCUGUCUCGUAGAAUUGGUGGGAUGUACGAUGAAUAUGUGUUUACUUGCAUAUUAUUUUAUUACGAAUAUGGACUCAUUUGAUGCGGCAAAGUCAACGUCAUAUGUCAUUAUAUAUUUAUCUAUGGCUUUCAAUAUUUUUAUAUUUUGUUACAUCGGUGAGAUUCUUACAGAACAGUGCAAAAAUGUCGGUGAAAGAGCCUACAUGAUUAAUUGGUACAAAUUACCGCACAAAACUGCCCUUGGACUUAUUUUGAUAAUAGCACGAUCGAAUAACGUUAUCAAGAUGACAGCUGGAAAAUUAUUUCAUUUGUCUAUCGCAACUUUCGGUGAUGUAAUUAAAACUUCCGUGGUGUAUUUGAACAUGUUACGAACGAUGAGAACCGUUGCGUGAACUAUAAUAAAUUAU